AUUUUCUCUACUGGAAAAAAGUGUUACAACUUUUGAAUUUAAUCCUAAAAAGAAAAAAAUGCUAAACCUAAUCCCACCAAUUUUCGGUGCUCUAAUUGUUCCAGGAAUUAUUGUUCGUUUGGUGCAAGCGAUAGGAUUUGGCACGGGUGGCAUCGCGGCUGGAUCUUUUACAGCGCGAAUGAUGUCGUUAUUCGGUGGUGGUGCUACUGCCAGAGGUAGCAUUGUAGCUAUUUUGCAAUCGAUUGGCGCAGCUGGAUUAAGUGAAGGCGCAAUUAUCGCAAUUUCAAUUGUA